AUGGGAGGACCGACAGGAAGACAAGCAAAACAAGAAUUUAAUUCAAGGUUUUGGGUCUUUCUCCAAUUGCCUUACAUUUCCCCACAAAGAAAGAAACUUAAGCUUUACACGCUUGGCUAUAUUGCCGGGUUACCGCUAGUGCUCCGAGGAUGCCUAAAACUGCUCGUAAGCUACAAUACGCUUAGCUACGGCACUGCUAGAAGUAACGCAAAGUCGGUACCAUGCGCUUGGUAG